AUGCAAGUGGUCUUCAGACUUAAGAUUCUGAAGACCACUUGCAUUAUUAACGUCACCUUCGAGGCACCCAAUUAUGCCAUCGAUGGCAUCGAAUCCAUUAGAGUUCCCGUGGACGACAGCACCGAAGACGACUUGAGUCCAUACAUGGAUGAGGUCGCAGACAAACUGCAUGACGUGACACAACAUAAAGGUAUAGCAAUAGUCCAUUGUGUGGCCGGAAUCAGUCGCUCCUGUACUCUGGUCUUGGCUUACUUAAUAAAACACAAACAAAUGUCUUUAAAAGAGGCUUUCCUUCACUGCAAGAGUCGUCGCGAUAUGUCUCAACCGAACCCCUCGUUCUUCCAACAGCUCAUCGAUUUCGAGCGCAAAGUGAGGGGCAAUACGUCCGUCAGAAUAGUCACUAAACGAUUGGAGGGAAUGGAGGGCCAGGACAUCAAGGUUCCCGACUUCUACGAGAAGGAGUUCCCCGAAAAGGUCUUAUCGACAGCUUUGGAGUCCAAGGAGUUUAAGCCCAAGAAGAAUACACUGAUGCAUGAGUUGUCCGAACGGAGUUUACUUUGA